AUGUCCGCUUUCAAUUUCAGCGAUCUGUCUCAAACGCACACUGGCAACCAUCGCGUCCUCUCCCAUCGACAAAUAAGCCAUCGUCAACUUCAUAGAUUCGCGCCAAGGCAAAGACCGUUCGCAAUUCGAAGGAGAGUGCAACUCCCGCCGCAGCCACCAAGAGUUGUGCGAAUCACCCGAUUGCCUCCAUUGUCUCCCGCUGCACCUCAAGCUCCUCGUAGAGUCAUGAAGUUCCGAAAUCAUCCGAAUUCGCGAAAAAACGACGACGGCCUUCACAUACGGCGAAAAAACCUACUAGUUCUUUCAGAAACUCAAAUCGCCAUCAACCGACUCACAAGAUUAUCGAUGAUAGGUCAAGAGCACGCGAUUCGUAAAGUGGAUGAUAUCGAAUCGGCAAUACUUAAAGCUGUGGAAGAAUUUUCAACGACAACUCAAGUGUCUACGGUUCGAGCCAGGGCUCAUCGUAUUCGCACAUCAAAGAGAAGACCAACUUCGUUUAGCACGAAAGUGGGGACCAUUGAAGAAGCGGUUUUGAAAGCUGUGCUGGAGAAUCACGCAACUGAAUCUUCAAGGAAUGAAUUGAGCACUACUGAGAUCCCGACCACAACUGCAACUGAAGCAACCAGUUCUCUGUUUCCAGCUUUUGCAACUAGACGUUCAGCUCGCAGAAGAUUUCUUUCAAGACUCUCAACAACAUUGCCUAUAUUGACUACUCCGGAACUUUUAACAACUUCAACUGAAGCACCGACGACUUCAACAGAAAUUCCAACUACUCUCACCACUACAGAUUCUACGACAACAACAGAAGCAACUACAAAAUUCUUAGAAGGCAGUGAGAAGCCUUUAAACAAUUCUUCUUCUGAAACUGGCGCGACGAAUUCGCCGGAUAUUAAUGAGUUGACUUUUGCGACGAAUAUCGAAUCGGAUCAACAAUUACGACAAAUUGAGGAUAACAUCAUUGCUGCUCUUUCUUCAUCGACGCCAAUUCCACCUUCUCCAAUAGGCCCACCAGCGCCGCCACCUCCUUUUAUAGAUCAGACUGGUCCACCUGGAUCAAUGCCCCCCUCCGACGAUAUUGUAAACGAACUGAACGAUGCCAACGAUUUUCUUCAAGUAGCUCAUCGGCUCAAUCUAAUCAAGCGUCUCAUCCACUAG